AACUAGUGGCGAGCAACGUGGGCAGAGUUGUCAGCGAACUGGUCAGAUUAAUAGAUAAAGAGAAAAAGGAUUUAGAUUUUAGGAAUCUCUCCUCUUUCCUUUGUUUGUUUGGGAAGUGGGAUUGUGUGUGGAUGAAUCCCCUCCUACCUUUUCUUUUCUACGAAAUUAAUUAAAUACUAGUAAUUCUUCGUUGGUUCCGCAUUUAUUUUAUUUUAUUUUAUUUGGCAACUUCUUCAUAGAUAGUCUUCUUUCUUCUUGUUCUUUCCUUACGAGGGACGCGCAGGGAGAGACUUGUACGUAGUUGAUCCUUUUUUCUAUCGUCCCUUUCACGAGAUACAUACAGGACGACGAGGACGAGCAGUUAAUUUCAGAACACCCCUUUCAAAAGGAAUCUUAUUCCUUAUUCAAAGCAGAUUUCGAAACAUUAUCAACUUCUUCCUUUUUGUCUCUCAUCCUCCCCGAUUAUAAUAAUAAUUGAAUUUCAUCUUUAUAGCUGAUUCCUGACUUCCUGAAUUUUUUUCUUAAGAGUACAAUCUUUGGCCGCCGCCGCCGCUGUUGUCUCGGCGACCUCCUUCACAGUUCAAUCGCCGAUCCACCAGGAACAGAUAUAUAGGUCCUUCCUCCUUUACGCUGCCAAUAUCUCAUAAACCAUUAUUCUGAUUGUCGGUUAUCUAGACGCUUCUUCUUCUGCUUCUUAUUAAUUAUUUCAGUACGACCCCUGUUUUUUCUCAUGAUUUUGGAGUACCCAUCUUCCACAAUCCAGAGUCGCCGCCUCUGGCUUUCGCGUUGAGUUUGUAAUCAUCGUUAUCUUGGGGGCAAUCGGCUAUACCUUGCUUUCUGUUACUUUGCUGCCUUUCUAAGUAAUUUUUUUCUCUCAAUCAAUAAAGUUUUCUGUAUUCCGUCUCUUUUCGACUUUCUUCAGUCGAUCCUUCACUUUUCGGCCGUUCACUUUUAGAUCCUUCACUUUUCGUCCGUUCAGUCGAUUCUUUUCACUUUAUUUGGCACCACGUAUCUUCUUUUUAUCUUCGCAAUAAAAUCCUGAUUUCCCUUGCUCAUCCACCACAAAGUCGGUUGCCCUUUUCCUGCUGCCCUCGUUUUGACUAGAACACUACACAUCGUAGAACGAGAGUCAAAUUAUGUUUCCCAUUGAAUUCCUGAAGGGCUAAAAUUAACCCAUUAAUUUUCUGAGAAUAUCUAGUUCAGCUUGUUAGUGAAAAGAAAGAUCUGAUUUUUCGGUGCUUGCGAAGUUCUGUUAUUUGAAAUAUGGGAAUUGGGGUUGGAUGGAAAAUGCUAAAGCUGUGGAUGUAUCUGUGUGUAUUGAUUAUGGGAGUUGAGGGGCUUGGCGUGAACUGGGGUACGAUGGCGACCCACAAGUUGCCUCCCAAAGCUGUUGUUAAGAUGUUACAGGACAAUGGGAUUCAGAAGGUGAAGCUGUUUGAUGCGGAGCAGUCCACCAUGAGUGUUCUUACUGGCUCUAACAUUGAAGUCAUGGUUGCAAUUCCUAAUGAUCAGCUCGCCGCCAUGACCAGUUACGAUCGAGCUAAGGACUGGGUACGCCGGAAUGUUACCCGUUACAAUUUCAAUGGCGGCGUUAACAUUAAGUAUGUAGCAGUUGGAAACGAACCUUUCCUCACAUCCUACAACAACUCAUUCUUGAAUGUUACCCUACCGGCCCUUCAAAACAUCCAGAAUGCCCUCAAUGAAGCUGGGGUUGGGAACUCCAUAAAGGCUACUGUGCCCUUAAAUGCUGACGUUUAUGAAUCGCCAGAAAACAAUCCCGUCCCUUCUGCUGGAAGGUUCAGGUCAGAUAUCAAUGGACUGAUGGUUCAGAUUGCCCAGUUCCUACACCAGAACAAUGCUCCAUUCACAGUAAAUAUUUACCCUUUUCUCAGUCUCUAUGGGAAUGACAACUUCCCUUUCGACUAUGCUUUCUUUGAUGGGACUAGUUCUCCUGUAGUUGAUAAUAAUAUUCAAUAUACCAAUGUAUUUGAUGCCAACUUCGAUACCUUGGUUUCUGCCCUGAAAGCAGCAGGGUUCGGUGAAAUGGCCGUUAUGGUAGGGGAGGUGGGUUGGCCCACAGAUGGCGACAAGAAUGCUAAUUCAAAUUAUGCCUAUAGGUUUUACAAUGGGCUCUUACCAAGACUUGCAGCCAACAAGGGCACCCCACUUCGACCGGGAUAUAUAGAAGUUUACUUGUUUGGACUUAUUGAUGAGGAUGCCAAGAGUAUAGCUCCCGGGAACUUUGAACGCCACUGGGGAAUUUUCAGGUAUGAUGGGCAACCAAAAUUCCCGAUGGAUCUUUCUGGUCGUGGACAAAACAAGUAUCUUGUGGCUGCAGAGAAUGUGAAGUAUCUUCCAACAAGAUGGUGCACAUUUAAUCCAAAUGCCAAGGAUUUAAGCAAACUUGCGGAUAACAUCAAUUAUGCUUGUACAUUCGCAGAUUGCACAGCACUCGGGUAUGGAUCUUCUUGUAAUGGCCUGGAUACUAAUGGAAAUGCUUCAUAUGCAUUCAACAUGUAUUUCCAGGUACAGAAUCAAGCAAAUUUGAGCUGUAAUUUCGAAGGUCUAGCUGUGGAAACUACACAAAACAUAUCACAAGGAAAUUGCAAUUUUAUCGUGCAGAUAGCUUCCCAUUCUCCCCCGGGUCCGGGGCAUUCUCUCCUGUCUUUGGCGGUAUUUGUGGUUUUUUUUGCUGGUUUUGCUGUAAGGCAACUGGGUUUGUAAAUACUUUGUUCGUGUUGUCAUUAUUUUUCUCCCUUCUCUCACAUGCAGAGACUAUUGGGUUACUUUUGCCCCCAUUGGUUGAUUCAAUAAGACUACAAGUAAUUCAUUAA